CUGUCACCGCCAGUCAGUUCUGUCAUCUGCCAUCCUCGCUGUCCCGUCAUUGUCCGGCAGAGUCUCCGCAGACCCGCGUCCUAAACAUCCGGGCCCAUCUGAAACAAGGCGCAUAUGCUCACCAUGGCUCCCUUCCUCGGAUAAGGGGAUCAGCCUGACUUAGUGUUACUCCUCCAUGUCACCGUUCGCCGCCGUUCACAACGCCCUACCAACGCCCUCCCAAACCCCUCUCUAUACAAUGCUUUCUCGAUAGCGAAAGUCCAACAAACUAUCCCUCCUCGUCCUCCUAUCCAACAGCAAAACCUGCUUCUGGCGACCGAUCGGCAAAGUCUCGAUUUACAAAUGUCGGCCGCAGGAACCGGCCCGCAGGUCUCUCUAGCCGCAACCGAGAUGACCGUAGACAUCCCUGAUCUCCAGCAGAAAGCCCAAGAUCAGGGGAAGGAGGCGUUUAAAGAUGUGGUCUUUGGCUCUGUUGCCGGUAUCGCAGGUAAAUAUAUCGAAUACCCCUUCGAUACUGUCAAGGUCCGUCUCCAAUCCCAACCGGACGGCCUGCCCCUCCGAUACAAAGGACCUAUCGAUUGUUUUCGUCAAUCCCUCCAGGCCGAGGGAGUGCUGGGGCUGUACCGUGGCAUAAGUGCCCCUCUGUUCGGGGCGGCUGUUGAAACAAGCAGCUUGUUCUUCAGCUACCGUAUCACACAAGAGUUCCUGCAGUCGACUAUAUACACCUCGUCGGAGAAACUGCCGUUUUCGGCACUGUUGACCUGUGGUGCUAUCUCCGGAGCCUUCACAUCGCUCCUCCUCACGCCGAUCGAACUCAUAAAAUGCAAGAUGCAAGUGCCCGCCGUUAGAUAUAGCACAUUCAAGCCUCCCGGGCCGGUGACUCUGAUCUUGUCUGUCUUCAAACACGAUGGGUUUCUUGGUUUCUGGCGCGGGCAAAUGGGGACGUUAAUCCGAGAAACGGGCGGCUCUGCAGCCUGGUUUGGUGGUUACGAAGGCGUAUCCGCACUCUUCCGGGCGUACAACAGGCCAGAAUCGUCUACAUCUCUGAAUGACGCGCUACCACCGUUACCGUUAUAUCAACAGAUGCUCGCCGGCGCUGCUGCAGGCAUCAGCUAUAAUUUUAUUUUCUACCCUGCGGACACUAUUAAAUCUCGAAUUCAAACCGAAGAUAUCGCCCUUUCGAGGGGCAAUGCCCAGAAACGUACCUUCUGGGAAGUCGGAAAAGUGCUAUGGAGACAACACGGUUUAACUGGGCUGUAUCGCGGAUGCGGGAUCACUUGCGCCCGAUCGGCACCCAGCUCUGCCUUUAUCUUUUCCAUUUAUGAAGGACUGCGCUACUACUUUGGUUAAGAAGCACAGUUUGACCGGCUUUCCUUCGAUCCGGCAUACUGUCGUUGAUUUUUACCCGUUGUUUUGGAUAAACUCAAGGCGUUAUGGUCAUACAGGGUAUCGCGCAUGUUUUACGAUCUCUUACGGAAUGAACUUCCUUUGCUAAUGUUUAGGCAUGUGGCCUUUUGUUCAAAAUACUUCUAAGAUUUUGAUGUUCUGGAAAAGCCGGGCUUUUGCGAGAGAUAAACAGUGAUUCCCUUUCUUAGAGGGCCUCA